AUGUCAAAAAAUAAAAUAAAGUUUAUCGAAUACACGGCUGAUCAUUAUAAUCGUUAUCAGAAAGUUAAAAAUAAAUAUAAAUCAUCAAUUUCUUUUUGUAUUCAUUCACGUUCAAAUUCUCCUUACUUUCGUUCACCUUCAAGCUAUCGCACCACAAACCCCAUAAUAUACGAAUCUAACAACAAAACCUCAUUUGAAUCAUUCUUUAAGGAUCCAGAAGAAUCCUUCGACCAUGAUCCAUCGGAUCCAUUUUUGAUAAAAGAAUCCAAUCGUAGUUAUUCUUCAUAUAAUUGUAAUUUCACAUCAGAUCCUCUUUUGAUAGUUAAUGAUAUCGAUAAUGGCUGUUUUGCUAACAGUCGUUUAGAAGAUCAUAAUUCAGAAAAUCGAGUUCAGCAAAUAAAAACUGAAUUAUUACUUAUUAAAAAUUGA